AUGUCUCGCCAGCGCCGCCCUAUCGAAGAGAAAGUGACGGCAAACAGUCAGCCCACAGGGAUAACGGCCCCCAUGGAAAAGGCUGAGAAUGUGGUAAAACGACUUCUUCAUUGGGACGAUUUGCCCCACUGGCAACGCGACAACCAUCACAUUCAUACUGGAUAUCGGCCCGCCUCGUCCUCGUUUUUAGGUUCAUUUCAAUCACUGGGUUACGUUCACAAUGAGACGGUCAACAUCUACACCCACCUCUUGCCAGCAUUGAUCGCCGCCCCCGCUGCCUAUGGGCUCUAUCACCUGCUUUCUCCGCGGUACCGGGAUGCGGCCGAUUCUGAUAUAGUGGCUUUUGCUUGUUUCUUCGCGGGGGCUGCCUUCUGCCUUGGCAUGUCCGCAACCUAUCAUACCAUAUCGAAUCACUCGCCUAUGGUUGCACGCAUCGGAAAUUCACUCGACUAUAUCGGCAUCGUGGGACUCAUUGUAGGAAGCUUUGUACCGAGUGUCUUCUACGGAUUUUAUUGUGUACCCGGGCUCCAGCGCACGUACUGGACCAUGAUUUGUACCAUUGGGCUAGGCUGCGUGAUCGUCUCCAUUAAUCCCCGGUUCCGCACGCCUCGCUGGCGUCCGUUCCGCGCUUCUAUGUUUGUUGGGAUGGGCUUGUCUGCCGCCUUCCCGGUGCUUCAUGGGGUCCAGAUCUUCGGCUAUGACCGUAUGCGAUACCAGAUUGGUCUGGAAUGGCUUCUUCUGCAGGGCUUCUUAUAUAUCCUUGGGGCCACGAUCUAUGCAGCCCGAGUACCUGAGCGACUCAGGCCCGGGAAAUUCGACAUUGUAGGAAGUUCACAUCAAAUCUUCCACGUGCUAGUGGUCUGCGCAGCGGUGGCCCACCUGACAGGGUUACUGAAGGCAUUCGACUAUCGGCACAGCGGGGUUGCCGAGACCUGUCAGAUUCCACGCGGCUGA